CACUGCUUCCCGAUCAGCACCCACAGAAAGCGCAGCAGGAGCCGGGCCACACCCCGCCCCCGCCGCCCGGGGGCCCAGGGGAUAAAUGGCAGGCAAAAAGCGGGAAAUCCAGUUACAGGCUGUCAUCAACACGCAGAGCCUCUGGGAGGAGAUGCUGCAGAACAAAGGCCUCACAGUGAUCGAUGUUUACCAGGCCUGGUGUGGACCCUGCAAAGCAAUGCAAACGUUAUUCAGGAAAUUGAAAAAUGAGCUGAACGAAGACGAAAUUCUGCAUUUUGUUGUAGCUGAAGCUGACAGCAUUUUGACCUUGCAGCCAUUUAGAGAUAAUUGUGAACCUAUUUUUCUUUUUAGUGUUAAUGGCAAAAUUAUUGCAAAGAUUGAGGGUGCAAAUGCACCACUUGUUAAUCAAACAAUUAUUAACUUGGUGAAUGAGGAGAGGAAAAUUGCAGCAGGUGAAAUGGUUCGCCCUCAGUAUCAUGAAAUUGCACUUAUAGACUCAAAUGCAGAUAAUGCCAGGGAAACAUCCAAAGAAUCUAUUGACCGAAUAUUCAGUAUUGCUAUUAUCAAACCUGAGGCUAUGAAUACUGGAAAAACUGUGGAAAUUAAAGAAAAUAUUGUCAAUGCAGGAUUUGUCAUAGAAGCAGAAGAUAAUAGAGUGCUCACUGAAAACCAAGUGAGGGACUUCUAUAGUCAAAUAGCAGAGCAGCCUGAUUUUGAAGAGUUUGUCUCAUUAAUGACAAAUAGCCUAAGCUGUAUUCUAGUUGUAUCUCGAAGCAAUGAACUUACCUUGGAAGAGGAAACUAUAUUUGAAUCUGAGACUGAACCGAAAGAACCACCUGAGGAUCAACCUGGGAUGGACACACCUACACUGGUGAAGAAGAAGUGGGACAGCACUUUAGAAGAAUAUCUGGAUAAAGAAAAUAUACAUCAGUUUUGUGAUGUUGAAGAGGAUGUAGAUAAUGUUAAUAAGUUUAUUGAUAUCUUCUUCCCUGAUUUUAAAAACAUAAAAUUAGAAAAGAUACUGGCAUUACUUCGACCAGAUCUCUUUCAAGAAAAGAAAGAGGAUGUUUUGAGUAUUAUUCAAAAUGAAGGCUUUCAAAUACUGAUGCAAAGACAACUGGUGUUAUCAAAAGAAGAGGCACAAACACUGUGCAAGGAAUAUGAAAAUGAAGAUUAUUUUGAAAAUGUGAUAGAAAACAUGACCAGUGGUCCAUCUCUAGCUCUUGUUUUAGUAAGAGAAAAUGGUUUACAACACUGGAAAGAGUUAAUUGGACCAAGUACCGUUGAAGAAGCUAAACAAUCUCAUCCAAACAGUUUAUGUGUACAAUUUGCAAUGGAAAGUUUGCCUAUCAACCAGUUGUAUGGAAGUGACUCAUUAGAAGCUGCUGAAAGGGAAAUCCAGUAUUUCUUUCCUCCUCAAAACACUUUAGCACUGAUUAAACCUCAUGCAACACAUGAACAAAGAGAGAUGAUCUUCAACCGUAUUAAAGAGGCUGGAUUUGAAAUAACACAAAUGACGGAAAUUCUGCUACUCAAAGAGCAUGCUGACAAAAUUUAUUAUAAAAUAGCACAUAAAGACUUCUAUAACGGUGUAUUGGAGAUGUUAUCUGAGGGUCCUUCUUUGGUCAUGGUUCUGAGCAAGUGGAAUGCUGUUACAGACUGGAGACGAUUGAUGGGUCCCACAGACCCAACUGAAGCAAAGUUGUUGUCCCCAGACUCUAUCCGAGCCCAGUUUGGAACGAGUCCUUUGAGAAAUGUUGUCCAUGGAUCAUCUAAUGCCACUGAGGCAAUAGAAGCAAUUCAUAAUAUGUUUAAAGAGAUUGUUCCUGAGACUCCUGAGACUCCUGUGAAUCCUGAGAAUCCUGUGAAUCCUGAGAAUCCUGAGAAUCCCGAGGAAAACUAAAGUACAGUACCUCUUUAAUAACUGUUAUUUCCUUUUCUUUGGUUGUUACAGUGACUGGGUCUAGGACAAGGUUGUUCUGAUCAGAACAUUCCUAUGUUCCUGAAUUAAACUAUUUUCUGCCAGACAUAUUACAUUGCUCCACAGCAACCUUGAAGCCUCAAAGCCAAACCUUGUGCAGGGACCUGGGACAUAGUGGAGUAAGCAAGCCAUCCUUGGGGUUGCAAGCCUUUGUAUCAAGCUAUUGGUGCCAUCUCUCAGGACAGUCUCAUGAAGUCCCUCUCCUUUACUCCCCUCCAUUUAUCCUCUUUGAAUUGUCAAAGUCUCAUUAAGCAGUCUCAACUCUAUUCAUUAUUUGGAAACUCGGAACCUACUAACUACCUGUGGGUGAUAUAUGAUAAUGAUAGGAUAUUAGAAAUGAUAAAGCAAAAGCCAGUCAUUUCUAUUCCUUGGCAAAGAGCUACUUAUUUGGGGAGCAUGUGGAUUGAAUCUGCUUAGUUACUGAUGGAAAACUUGAAAACUUUUCUCUCCUCGGCAAUGUGGGAAGUGGAGUAUAAGAUAGGAGACUUUUGCCAUCAAACUUACUUUCUUUCUUUCUUUUCAAAGAGCAGUUUCACAGUUGUACACAUGUAUGGCUUUGGAGGCUGACUUCAAUAUGACCGUACAGACUCUUCACAUGUGCAGUGUUGUCUCCAGCUGAAUGAGCCAAAUUGAGAAUCCAUCCCCUGAGCAUAAUGAGAAAGCACCGUGAAAUGGAGAAAUCCUUCCACACCCAUUCAGGUUCCUCAGGGAAAGAAGAGUACAUCAUUCUCUUAAUAGUGUCAUUUAGUCUAUGCUUUCUCUAGAUGUAAGAACAUUGUAUCAAAACAUUAAAUGCAAAAAUAAAAGUAAAUUCUGGCAUA